CUCUCGACUUUGACAGCAACAGCGACGGGAGCGUGAGAUGAGACGGCAGCAAGAGCGGGAGCAAAGACGCAAGGAGCAGGAGGACAAAAGACACAAGGAGGAAAUGGAACUCAAGCGUAAAGAGGAAGAAGAGCGCAGGAGAGUCGAAGAGGAAAAGAGAAGGAUUGACCUUGAACAGGAGUUUAUCCACCGGCAGCUCGAGGAGGAACAAAGACAUCUUGAAAUCCUUCAGCAACAGCUGCUGCAGGAGCAGGCCAAACUACUGGCUGAUGAGAGGUAUCGUACGAAUCUUCAGGGCACCCCUCAUGCUGCUCCACCAAAACCCCAAAAUCCUUUGCCGCAAGGAUCUGAACCGUACACCAAUGAAAACUCCUCCACUGAGUCUUCAGGCAUGCACAGGCCUAUGGAACCACAAGUCCAGUGGUCUCACUUAGCUGCUCUAAAGAGCAACUCAUCUGCACCCUAUGUGUCUUGCUCCCAGUCCUUCAGUGAUCCUGUUCCUAGUUUUGCACAUCUUCAUCUUCGCUCUCAGGAUUCCUCUCACCAGCACCACCCAGUGCACCCUCCAUACCCUGACCACCCACAACCUCCUCAAUCCAGGGGCCAUGAGGCCCCUGAGCAGACUAUUGAUGAAGAGGUGCCCCCGAGGGUGCCAAUAAGAACAACAUCCAGAUCUCCUGUGUUGUCCCGUCAAGAUUCUCCAUUACAACAUGGGCUGCAUAACAACCAAGCUGGACAGAGGAAUGCUGGAAUUAACGUGGAGCCACGGCUGCUGUGGGAGCGAGUUGAACAGCUCUCAUCUAGACCAGGUAGUGGGAGUUCUUCUGGCUCCAGUAACUCCAGCUCUCAGACUGGAUCACAGGCCACCUCAGGGGAGAAGUUCAGGGUCCGUUCCUCUUCAAAGUCUGAGGGCUCACCAAUGCAGCUGCCAGAGAUUGCUGGGAAGAAGUCAGAAAAGAAGAAAGACUUUGUAAGACCAGCUAGACAUGCUGAUCUCACUGCUCUGGCCAAGGAGCUACGUGCAGUGGAAGAUGUGCGACCUCAUCAUAAGGUGACAGAUUACUCCUCAUCGAGUGAAGAUUUAGAUUCAGAUGUAGAUGAUGAUGAUGUGGUGGAGCAGGAGCAGGGUGAUGAAUCCACUUCAGGAGCAGAGGACUCAAGGACAUGCUCAUCAAAGCUGACUAAUGGUGAAACAGAGUCAGUGAAAACCAUGCUUAUUCAUGAUGAAUCAGAGAGUGAUCCAGCCACCACACCUAGCAAUGAUGUAACUUUAAUCGUUAGACAGAGCAUAGCUGAGAGAAAGCAGUUGCGUCCCAUUCCCGGGCCCAGUCUGGGUCCAGGUUUGAGCACUUCACACAGUCAAAGCCACCAGGAGAGAAACUGCUAUGCAGGCCGCAUUCACCUGCUGCCUGAUCUCAUCCAGCAGAGCCAUCACUCCCCUUCAUCCUCCCCCUCAUCCAGUCAUGCCAGCCCAUCCAUGUCCCCCCAGAUUCCCAUGGACAUGCUGAUAGUCAGUGAGACACAAUCUUCCAGCAACACACUGCAAAAACACAAGUCUUCUUCCUCUUUUACCCCAUUUAUCAACCCACGUCUUCUACAGAUUUCUCCUUCCAGUGGCAGUUCCCUCAACAACAUGGCAGGCUUUAGUAAUGAUGGACGUCUGCUGGACCCAUCCCGUAAGGGCUCUGUGGUGAAUGUAAACCCAGUAAACACUCGCCCACAGAGUGACACACCUGAAAUCCGCAAAUACAAAAAGAGGUUCAAUUCUGAGAUUCUCUGUGCUGCACUUUGGGGAGUAAAUCUGUUGGUAGGAACUGAAAGUGGCCUCAUGCUCCUUGAUCGCAGUGGGCAGGGGAAAGUUUAUCCACUUAUUAACAGACGCCGUUUUCAACAAAUGGAUGUUCUUGAAGGUCUUAAUAUUCUAGUGACAAUAUCAGGAAAGAAGAACAAACUGCGAGUUUAUUAUCUCUCAUGGCUGAGGAACAAGAUUCUGCAUAAUGACCCUGAGGUGGAAAAGAAACAGGGUUGGACAACAGUGGGGGAGCUGGAGGGAUGUGUGCACUACAAAGUCGUUAAAUAUGAAAGAAUCAAGUUCUUGGUUAUUGCCAUGAAAAAUUUAGUGGAAGUGUAUGCUUGGGCACCAAAGCCGUACCACAAGUUUAUGGCCUUUAAGUCAUUUGAAGACCUGGUCCACAAGCCUCUCUUAGUUGAUCUCACUGUAGAAGAGGGUCAAAGAUUAAAGGUCAUCUAUGGCUCCUGCUCUGGUUUUCAUGCUGUAGAUGUGGAUUCAGGGGCAGUUUAUGACAUCUACCUUCCCACACAUAUUCAAACGAGUAUCCAGACCCAUGCCAUCAUCAUCCUCCCAAACACAGAAGGCAUUGAGCUGUUGGUGUGCUAUGAGGAUGAAGGUGUGUAUGUAAACACUUAUGGAAGGAUCACCAAAGACGUGGUGCUGCAGUGGGGUGAGAUGCCCACCUCUGUGGCUUACAUCAGAUCGAACCAGAUCAUGGGCUGGGGGGAGAAAGCUAUUGAGAUCCGUUCUGUGGAGACUGGUCACCUGGAUGGUGUGUUCAUGCACAAGAGGGCACAACGGUUGAAGUUUCUCUGUGAAAGAAAUGACAAGGUGUUCUUCGCCUCUGUGCACUCUGGAGGGGUGAGCCAAGUUUAUUUCAUGACUCUCGGACGGAGCAACCUACUUAACUGGUGAUGAGGAUGCUUUCCUCUAAU